CUUGUCCCCUCCCAGACACUUUCCAACUCCAACAUUGCUUCCUUUCCACCGAGCCUGGUUUCCUCCCACUUGCUUUUGGGACGCCACUGAGAAGAUCGGUGGAUGUGAGAGAAAACCAGAGGAUUUAUAGCGACAUCGCCAGCUGCUCAGCUGUCACCCACCGAACUGACAGAAAUGAGGAACGAACUUUUUAAUAAAGAGAAAAGUAGGCAGUUAUCAUUAACUCCCCGAACAGAAAAGAUUGAAGUUAAGCAUGUUGGGAAAACUGAUCCUGGCGUCGUCUUCUUGAUGAACAAAAACAUUUCCACUCCCUACAGUUGUGCCAUGCAUUUAAGUGAGUGGUACUGCAGGAAGUCCAUUCUGGCGCUUGUGGACGGACAGCCGUGGGACAUGUAUAAGCCUUUGACCAAGUCCUGUGAGAUUAAAUUUCUUACUUUCAAAGACCCUGACCCAAGAGAAGUGAAUAAGGCCUACUGGCGUUCUUGUGCCAUGAUCAUGGGCUGUGUAGUAGAAAGGGCCUUCAAAGACGAGUAUACAGUCAGCUUGGUGAGAGCACCAGAAGUUCCUGUAAUCGCUGGGGCCUUCUGCUAUGAUAUAGUUUUGGAUAAGAGGCUGGAUGAAUGGAUGCCAACAAAAGAGAACCUGCGUUCUUUCACAAAAGAUGCCCAUGCUUUAAUGUUUCGGGACCUUCCCUUUGAAACGCUGGAAGUUGAUGCAAAAGUAGCCUUAGAAAUCUUUCAACAUAACAAGUAUAAGUUGGACUUCAUAGAGGAGAAGGCAUCUCAGAAUCCUGAGAGAAUAGUCAAGUUACACAGAAUUGGUGACUUCAUCGAUGUGAGUGAAGGCCCUCUUAUCCCAAGAACAAGCAUCUGUUUCCAGUACGAAGUGUCAGCAGUCCAUAAUCUCCACUCGACUCAGGCGAGCCUCACAAGGAGAUUUCAGGGCCUGUCUUUACCCACCCACUUGAGAGCACAUUUUACAAUAUGGGACAAGCUAUUGGAAAGAUCACGGAAAAUGGUGACUGAAGAUGAAAUCAGACAAACAGAGAACACUGUAUCUACCCAGUAACUUUCUAAAAUUUAAGUAUGUACAGUAAGUUAAAAUAAAAGCCUUUAAUAUAAUAUGUUUGCUUUAGCUCUGGCUAUGUCAGCAAAGUCCAUGCCCCACAGCCUCCAUUUAUAAACAUAUGUGGAAAUACACUGUAUCUGUUGCCAUCUCUUGCUUUGUUAAACAGUGGUGUGGUAAACAUCCUUGUCUAAAAUCAUGCCUUUGUAGUUAGAAGAUGCUAUUAACUGUGCAGUUACUUUGUGCCAGCAUGGUAAGACCGCCACAGAAAGUUUUUCUGUGUUUUUGUCUGAGACAGGGUCUUAGUAUGUAGUCAGGCCUAGCUUGGAACUUGCUAUGCUGUCCUCCUGCCUCAGCCUUCAGAGUGCUGGAAUUAGGGUGCGCGCCUGCCUUUUAGUUAAUUGUCACAAUUCAUUCAGAUGGUGUUUCCAAUUCAUAAGCGAGGAAACAGAGUUUGAAUGCAGGUGAUUUGUCUCCACUACUUUGUGCUGCCUCUUGUAUGAAAACCCCCAUAGGGUUGCAGUUCCGGUAGUGAAGCUACUGCUAGAUGCUGCAGAUGCUAGCCUCCAAAGGGCUUGGUUUUUGUAUUUUUUAAAAAUAUAUAAA